AUGGCGAGCUUCGCGUCACAGAUUUCCUUUGUCUUGUUGUUUCUGUUAUUUGCAGUCACAUUCAACAGAAACAUGGGUAUCUCAAACAGGGUGAUGCGUUGCCAUGAAAAUGAUCAAAGGCUGCUUUUAAUCUUCAAACAAGCAAUGAUUGAUCCAUUGAACCAACUCUCUUCUUGGAUUGUUGAAGAAGAUUGCUGCUUAUGGGACGGAGUUCACUGCGACCACAUCACUGGAAAAGUCAACCUUUCUCUUUUCAAUUACACAUUACGAGGUGACAUUAAUCUGCGUGUGCUUCAACUUGAAUUUCUCAACUACUUGGACUUGAGCCUCAAUGCGUCUGAAACUGUGAGUAUGCCACCAUGCCAAGUCUCCAAAUCUCUGUUUGAUGCUCAUAAAUUUCACAACCAAUUACUUGCUACUCCUUUCAAUCAGUCAACAAGUUUCUCUGUUGCUCUGCCUUAUCUUGACUUUUCAGAAAAUGAUGGUUUAGUCAUAAAUGAUCUUCAUUGGUUUAGUCAUAAAUGA